AUGAAUUCUAGCCCCAUCUUCGCCAUGAAAGCUGGCUGGGUGACUUUGCGCCAAUCGCCAGGAAACGUCCCAUCACCUCCCUGCUUUUUCUCUUCUCCUCUCAGCGGGCAGCCCACACCUCCAGCCACCCUGGACGCCAACGUCAACACGCCACUGCUGGCCCAUGAGGUCUUGGAAGAUUAUGACGCGCUGACAGACAAGGACCCUCGGCUCGUGGAGAAGGAAUAUUACAGGACACUUGGAAACCAGAGUCUCCUCCUUGCCUGCUUCGCUGCCGUGUUGGGGAAUUUCAGUUUCGGCUAUGCUUUAGUGUACACCUCACCCGUCAUACCGGUUUUGGUGAAAUCUCCUCCAGUCCCCAACUUGCAACUAACCGAGGUUACCGCUUCCUGGUUUGGGUCCGUCUUCACCUUAGGAGUCGCCGCGGGUGGGCUGUGCACCAUGUACUUCAAUGACCGCCUGGGGCGCAAGAUGAGCAUCAUGUUCUCCUCCCUCCCUUCUGUGAUUGGGUUCUUCUUGAUGGCCAGCGCCCACGAGGUCUGGAUGCUCCUGGUCGGGAGGCUUCUGACAGGCUUCGCGGGAGGAGUCACCUCGGCUGCCAUUCCAGUCUACAUUUCCGAGAUCUCCCACCCAGGAAUCCGAGGGGCAUUGGGCUCCUGUCCUCAAAUCAUGGCCGUUUUGGGAGCCCUCUUCCUUUACGCUUUAGGUCUCGGGGUGCCCUGGCGUUGGCUGGCUGUUGCCGGAGAAGUCCCUGUUCUCCUCAUGAUCUCGCUUCUCUUCGUCAUGCCUGACUCGCCGCGCUUCCUGAUUUCGAAGGGGAAGGAGGACGAGGCGCUGCGCGCACUCCGCUGGCUGAGAGGCAAGGAUGUGGAUUAUUUGUGGGAAUUCGAGCAGAUCAAAGCCAGCGUUCGGGAACAGAGUCAACCCAUCACUUGGACAGAGAUUCAAAAGCCACACAUCAUCAAGCCCAUUAUCAUCACUUUGGCGAUGAGGUUCCUACAGCAGCUUUCAGGAGUUACUCCGGUCCUUGUUUACCUGCAGCUGAUAUUCGACAGCACGGAGGUGAUACUGGCCCCUAAAUAUGAUGCUGUUAUCGUGGGCGGCGUCCGCUUAGCCUCGGUCCUGGUGGCAGCUUUCUCAAUGGAUAAAGCUGGACGAAAGAUUCUUCUCUACAUCUCGGCUUGCCUCAUGCUCGCCUCCAACCUGACAUUGGGUUUCUACAUCCGCUUCAUCCCUCAACUUCUCCAUAAUUCGUCAACGCUGGCGGGGAAUGGGACCCACGCGCAUCUCGGCGAUACCUCCAUGGCGGGUCUCACGGUGAUUCCUCUGGUGGCCACCAUGUUCUUCAUCAUAGGCUACGCCAUGGGUUGGGGUCCCAUCACAUGGUUGUUGAUGGCGGAGGUCCUUCCCCUGAAGGCAAGAGGAGUGGUCUCGGGUCUGUGUGUACUUGUCAGCUGGUUGACUGCCUUCGUUUUGACCAAAGUCUUUCUGUUGGUUAAGGAAAAAUACGGUCUGGAGGUGCCCUUUUUCUUCUUCAGCAUCAUCUGCCUCAUCAACCUCUUCUUCACCUACCGCAUCCCCGAAACCAAAGGGAAAUCCUUGGAACGGAUCGAGUCGUAUUUCCGCACAGGUCGGAAAUCAUUCCUGGAGUCCUUCCGGCGCCAUAGAUGAGCCCAGCAACCCGACUCUGGAUGCUGAAAGCAGCCCCUUCCGAGGGACAUCAGCCUGUGGCUACAUCUCCUCUCUCUCUCUGUCUAUCUCUCUCCCCCGUGAAAACCGGGAAGGGCCUCAAACCAACGCCCUGUGCAUCGCUUGCUGAACCGUUAAUAAUAACAAUCCGAACAAUUCCAAGCAGAACGAGCAAUUCUGCAUCUGGAUCCCACCGUCGCUGGCGGCCAAGGCUGGCUUGGAUGGUCCCUUCCCAGCUGCAAAUACUCUGGGAAGACACACUCCCCGGCUUAACCUGCCUCGUUGCUAAGAAUGGCGGAUCGCCGUGGUUUAAUGAUAAGCGUAAAAUAUGAAGCAUGAGCAGGUUAGUUGUUUUUUUUUAAACCCACAGAUGUCCCAUUCUUUAGACUUGGUCCCCAAGAGAAGAAAAAUGUGGGGAAUUUAAGGCUCUAGAGGGCAAUUCGAAGGAAUAUAUUCAAAGUGGUUUGUAGGUGGCUUUAUUGGUUAUAUUACAGCUCUAACUUA